AUGUCGCUUGCCGCGCUGUCGCACUUGCAGCUGGCGCUCGGAAGCCUCAAACAGGCGGUCGAGGCCGGUGGCGCUCUGGGCGAGGAGGAUCGAAGUGCGGUGCAGCAGAUAGCACACGAGCUGCUGGACUUGUCAAAGCCCUCCCUGGGCGACUUGCCGCUGCCGCACCGGCCCUCUGAGUCCCAGAUCGAGGGCGGAAGCCAGGUGCAGGCGAUUGAAGCCACGGAGGCGACGGAGGAGGAGGAGCCACAAGGCUUCGUGAUCCCUCAGGGCCUGGGGCCCCUUCCGCACCACGCCUCCGAGCGCAGCGUGGCCUCGCAGGCGAAGCUGGCCCGGCGGCACUCGAAUCUCAGUGAGGCCUCAGAGGCUGACUCAGAUGCCUCGGACUCUGAGGCGGCCUCCUCGGGGGGCUUCAGCUCCGUCUUCUCCGAGCGCUCGGGGUGCGAGACGGAGGCAGCCCCCAGGCGGAGCACCUCAGAGGACGGCGUGCGGAGAGCUUUGCGUGUCCAACGUGAAGUCCUACUGAGCCUAUUUCACCAGAUGGACGUGCAUAACCAGGGCGUGCUGGAGGCGAAUGACCUGGAGCGGGCCUUGCGGUCUGUGGGCCAGCACCCGGCGCGUGCCCAGAAGCUGAUCGCUGCCGCGGACGAGAACUGCAACGGCAAGGUGGAAAUCGCCGAGUGGACCCACGUGGUGGACCGCUUAGUCGCGGGCAAGGGCAGCGAGGCGAUGCAGCACUUCACCACGGCCCUGGUGAACCAAAACCAGCACUUGCCGAAGGCGGGCUCCUCCUACGACGAGAGGUCACAGCAGCGGAGAGUGUGUAUCUCCUGUCAGAACCCAUUUCGUAUGGCCUGGGACUUACUGCUGCUCACCUUGCUGGUCUACAUCGCCGUGGUUCUUCCGUACAUCCUGGCAUACCUCAACGAAACCAGCUUCCACCGCUUCGUAAGCGAUUUCAUCGACGUGUGCUUUUGCAUCGAUAUCGUGCUGAACUUUUGCACAUCUUACCUCGAUGAGGGCGGGGACGAGAUCGACUCCCCGAAACGGGUGGCCAUCACCUACCUGAAAAGUUGGUUCGCCUUGGACCUCAUCACAGCAGUGCCCCUGCAGCAUUUGGCCAGCAGCAUCCCUGAGUCCAUGGAUAGCAUCAAACUGCUGAGGGGCAGCAAGGUCUUCAAGAUCCUGAAAGUGGUGCGCGCGGUGAAGCUGCUGAAGGUCAUGCGCGCGUCCAACCUGGGCACGCGCAUCGAGGACUACAUGAUGCAUUCCUCGAGCGGGCGCCGCUUCUUCGAGCUCCUCCGGAUCUUGGUGAGCUGCUGCCUGCUGUGCCACUUGCUGGCGUGUUUUAUGCAGAUCUCGGGGACUGGCUUCCUGGACACCUACGAGUGGGACAACGAGACCAGCACCUCCAAGUACAUCAGCUCCCUCUACUGGGCCAUGACCACGGUGACCACCGUUGGAUACGGGGACAUUGUGCCUCGCUCCGACGAUGAGAGGGUCUUCACCAUGCUGGCCAUGAUCCUCGGGGGGGCUUUCUAUGGCUAUGUGGUUGGCAACAUCUCGGUGAUUCUGGCCAGCAACGACGUGAACUGGCGCGCCAAGAAGGAGCGGCUUGAGGUCAUCGACGCAUGGCUCACGCACCACCGCUUCCCCCUGCGCUUGCGACGACGGAUCUGGGGCUACUACAAGGUCACGGUGAGCAGCCAGGUGAUUUGGGAUGACUCCGUGGUCUUCUCGGAGCUCUCCGAGGAACUCCGGGAGGAAGUGGCGCGGGGCCCCGGGGAGACGGCCUUCGCUUGCGGUCCACUCGCCUUCGAAUAUGUCGUGCUCGCCCUCACCGCUGUCACCGAGCUCUGUGCCUGGGGCAUCGGGCAGAAGGUGGCGGGUUGCUUCGGGCUUCAGGACUUCUAUGGGAGCCCGUCCGUGCGCAGCUCCAAGGGGCCCAUCUCUAAGCUGCAGGAGUUCGUGCAGAGCAGCAAGACCCAUCCUCUGCCGAGUAGCUGCGCGGUGCUGCAGUGGAGCCACGAGAACCGGAUGUCCGGGUCCAGCCUCCAGUUCCGCGCCACCACUAGCUUCCUCUUGGACGGCGUGCCGCACCAUGUCCUGGGUGGCUGGUGGCCCUCCAAGAAGCACUCCCAGCGCGACGCCGCGGAGCGCGCCUUAACCUUCUUCACCGCCAUCUACGGCCACGAGCUGGGCCGCGAGAGCACGCCCAGUGCUCGGACGCCUUGCGAGGGAUCGAGGAGUGACCCGGUGAAGGAUUUGGAGCAGUUGGUGGGGGAAGCGAUCUGGAGCAUCCAGGCGGAGAAUGGGCUGAGCACUGCCACCGUGGAGUUCGCCUACUUCAACGUGCCCCACGCCUUCACGGGCAAACCCUGCGCCGUCGAGGCCGCGAAGGCCGACACGGCCAAGCGGGUGCUGUGGUACCUCCGAUGCCCGGGGUACCAGAACACUUACGAGAUGGAGCCGGAGCAGGUGAAGACCUUAGCCUUCAACAUCCCCGAGGUGCGCGUGCCGCCGGCAGCUGGCCCGGAGCCCUCCGAGGACUCCGAGUGCUGCAGCCCCACGUCUCCGAGCGAGCUUUUGGAGCGGAAGACCACGGUCAUGCGCCUGCAGAAUCGCUUGCAGAAGAUCUUCGCCAAGCAGCUCACUUCGGGCAAAAGCGUUUGGUGUUGGCGCUACGAGAAGAAUGAGGAGGACAGCUUCCAGGCCUCCGUGCACAUCGCGCUGCUGGACCGUACCUUUACUGGGACCUGGGAGUCCACCCACCAGGCCGCGCAAAUGGAGGCAUGCAACCAAUUGACGGCAUAUCUGGACAAGGUCGGCAAGAAAGGAGUGGUUGAUCACCGCUUCCUAUCCUUCAUUUGUUCCUAUCGGGAGGCGAGCUUCCUGAUCCACCCGGAGCUGGGGAGGAACAUGGUCUUCCGCGGGGUGCCGGCUCGGAUCCUCAUACGCCUGGUCAGCAUCCUGCAACAGCUCCGCGUGAAGCGCAACGAGCGGGUGGUGCCGAAUCCCAAGUUGGCCUACGGCAUGUUCAUCAUCCUUGACGGCUCUGCGGUGCUUCAGCAGAUCAGCCCCUUGCCCAGCCAGCGCCUGACCUCGCCCAAGGACAAGCUGACGGAGGUGCUGCGAAGGAGCGACAGCUUCGGGGAGGAGGUGCUGCUGGGCCUCAAAGCCGAGUACGAAUACACCGUCCAGGCUACGCGGCGCCUGGUGCUGCUCUUGUUGCCCAGGGACAGCUUCAUGGAGCGCCUGUCCCCCAUGCCGGAGAUGUUCACGCUGAUGCGCGCCAAUUUCACCGCCUGA